CUUGAGCCCAAGGCUCCCUUGGGUACUGUGUCCCUGCUCUAGGGCCUACCUCAUGAUAGCGGCAUGUCACAGGAGGCCACAGAGGCACCAGCAAUGCCAGGAGAAGGACAUGGUCAUAAUAAGGCCAAGGCACGGUGGCUUCUAGGCACCGACCGUAAGAGGAGCCGCAUCAACAAGACAAGACAGGACCUGCGGGACGACACUAGCAACCACAGACUCAGCAGGGCCACCUCUGCCCCUCGAGGGGCCAGAGCUAGGGGAACAGCUCAUGGCAGGAAUGAGGCCAGCCCAGAGAAUGCUGCACGGGAACGCACUCGGGUGAAGACGCUUCGUCAGGCCUUUCUGGCCCUGCAGGCUGCUCUGCCUGCCGUGCCACCCGACACCAAGCUUUCCAAGUUGGAUGUGCUUGUGCUGGCCACAAGCUACAUCGCCCACCUCACCCAGACCCUCGGCCAUGAGCUGCCUGGCCCUGCCUGGCCUCCCUUCCUGCGAGGACUCCGUUACUUGCACCCGCUAAAGAAGUGGCCCAUGCGAUCUCGUCUCUAUGCAGGAGGUUUGGGAUGCUCUGGCCUCCAUUCUACCACAGCUAUUCCUACCAGCCAAAGAUGCAGGGAUGCAGAGCUGGGGUCUCAAGACUCUGUAGCUGCAGACAGACUCCUCACCUCUCCAGUCUCUCCAGCUCUUGGUAACAAAUGACCACCAUGAUCAUCCUAUUCUCUUAGACGGUGACUCUGCUUAAAGACCUGGAUUUUCUGCCUGCGCUACUUGUCUUCCCCUUGACUCCCAGCCUUUGGAUUUGUCGAAGGCUCAAGCUUCAAGUUCAGGCUUGGCUUCUGGCAGGCAGAAGAAGCAGUAAUGACAUCAGUGAUAAAGAGUUCCCAGGAAACCCAGGAUGGAG